CGAGUGCUGCAACGUUGGUGAAACAAGUCAAGGUUUACGACGACGACGCGACGGUCCAUUGACGCACGAUUAAAUAAUAGAAAUAGUAAUCGAAUCGGAUAAGGAUUACGAGAGAAUGGUAAUUUCGCGCGUCAAACGAUUCUCGUAUGUAUGUAGUUGUCCAGUCACCGGGACACGUUCAUUAUGGUUUAUUCAUAAAACGUCCGUCGCGGACGAACGUCUGCUGGCAAAUUUAGACGGUGUGUCGCGUUCGAAGAAUUUCUAUGCGGCUGCCGACGAUCCACCUCGUUUAUUUGCGACUGGCCGAUUUAUCAUGCGAUGGGAUUUCACUGGAUAUCCUUGUAUUAACUCACUUUUUCCUUCCUUCACGAAUAUUCGUACGAAAUUUCAUGUCUUUUCUUCGCGAGUAUACGAUGAGAACCACUGGUAGGCAAGAAUCUGACGGUAAAUUACGAGCUACAACAGUACCUACAUAGGAUGUUGAAUCUGUGCAGGUGGUCGAGCAACAGUCGGAUGUCCGAGACGGGAUGUACGCGAAGAGAUUACAAGAGACAAUCAGUUGGUUUUUCUGCUGGGUUCGAUAACGAAGUUCCAGAGAGGCUGAGACUAGCUGCCGAUUCACCCAUGCGCAGAGAAAUGAUAGAAAAUACGAUAGCUCAGAAACCAUCCAAGUUAUCGAGCGAGGAACACGCUCAACUGACUGAAUUGUUAAUUGCCAAGGACAAUGAACUUAAAGCUACUCUGAAACGAGCAGCCGAACAGGCGAAAAUUAACCUAAAAAUGGAAGCUUUAAGAGCUGAAGUCGAACGUCAAGAUCAAGACAUCCAACAGUUGCAAAGACAAUUGAAAGAAGCUGAACAAAUUCUGGCUACUGCCAUUUACCAAGCGAAACAAAAGUUACAAUCUAUCGCUCGCGCUAAUAAAAGACCAGUUCCAUCGGAAGAGUUGAUCAAAUACGCGCAUAGAAUUAGCGCGUCGAACGCCAUUUGUGCCCCGCUUACAUGGCAACAAGGAGAUCCUAGAAGACCGUACCCUACAGAUAUUGAAAUGAGACUGGGAUACCUUGGAAGAUUAAGCGAUCUUCCUCUGAACGGACAAAUGUUGGGCACCCAUCCUGGCAUAUCGUCGGACUUACACAGAGCUGGACAUCCUGUUGGUGAACCACCUGUAUCGCAAGCUAAUCAAUUUGCGUGGCACCCAUCCGGUGAAAUUCAUAUGUCGGUGAGCGGACAAGGAAGCGUUGCGAUGAACACGCAUAAACAAGAAACAGAAGACGUUGAAGUUAUGUCCACCGAUUCCUCGAGUAGUUCGUCUAGUGAUUCACAGUGAGCGUUGUUUGUUUACUGACCAUGGAGAAAAUUUAUUAGUAAGCAGCCAGUGGAAAUAUGGUAGGUGAAAUAAAUUUUCUUUUUAAUAAGUAACACCAGAUUCGAAAACAUAAUUUUAUUAUCAAUUGAAUGUUCUUUUUUUUUUUUUUUUUCAUCAAUUUAAGAAAUUAUAGAAAUGAAAAAAGACAAAUGAAAUUUCUCGUAUUUUCUUGUUAUUAUAAACUAUUCUGUCAGAAUAUUUCGUUACUUGUUGAAAUUGCUAAACGGAUCCAAGUAAAAUAUGUGGUAAAAAAUGAUGUAAAAUCCGAUGUAUGUAAUACGCUUCGGAAUUGGCCUGUAAUAAUUAUUUUUUGUAUUUAUGGAAGUAUACAUUAGAAAAGAAAUGUAUUUUCUUACCGCACGUUUACUCUGCAACUUACCAAUUGAACGUUAUCUUUGAAAUUCGUUUUUUGAAAUAAAACAUUUUCAUCGAUGCAAAUGA